UGAAGUCGUGGCCCGUUAGCAGGAAGCUGAGCAAUCGCCCUGACGCUAGAGAGGGACCCAGUCCGAGCCCCUGGCCCCCGAGCCCGAGCUGUGUGUACUGCGUGCCCAGCGCUGCCCGACAGCUCCCAGCCAAACUUUGCCAACUCUGCCGCUUUAUCCACCACCAUGCCCAAGACGAUCAAUGUGCGUGUGACCACCAUGGAUGCAGAACUGGAGUUUGCCAUCCAGCCCAACACCACCGGCAAGCAGCUGUUUGACCAGGUGGUGAAAACUAUUGGCCUGAGGGAAGUUUGGUUUUUUGGUCUGCAGUACCAGGACACUAAGGGCUUCUCCACCUGGCUGAAACUCAAUAAGAAGGUGACUGCCCAGGAUGUACGGAAGGAAAGCCCCCUGCUCUUCAAGUUCCGGGCCAAAUUUUACCCUGAGGAUGUAUCCGAGGAAUUGAUCCAGGACAUCACCCAGCGCCUGUUCUUCCUGCAAGUGAAGGAGGGCAUUCUCAAUGAUGAUAUUUACUGCCCACCUGAGACUGCCGUGCUGCUGGCCUCCUAUGCUGUCCAGUCCAAGUACGGUGACUUCAAUAAAGAGGUGCACAAGUCUGGCUACUUGGCUGGGGACAAGUUGCUGCCCCAGAGGGUCCUGGAGCAGCACAAACUCAACAAGGACCAAUGGGAGGAGCGGAUCCAGGUUUGGCAUGAGGAGCACCGGGGUAUGCUCAGGGAGGAUGCUGUCCUGGAGUAUCUGAAAAUUGCCCAGGACCUGGAGAUGUAUGGUGUGAACUACUUCAGCAUCAAGAACAAGAAAGGCUCAGAGCUGUGGCUGGGAGUGGAUGCCCUGGGUCUCAACAUCUAUGAGCAGAAUGAUAGACUAACUCCCAAGAUAGGCUUCCCCUGGAGUGAAAUCAGAAACAUCUCUUUCAAUGACAAGAAAUUUGUCAUUAAACCCAUUGACAAAAAAGCCCCGGACUUUGUUUUCUAUGCCCCCCGGCUGCGGAUUAACAAGCGGAUCUUGGCUUUAUGCAUGGGAAACCAUGAGCUAUACAUGCGUCGCCGCAAGCCCGACACCAUUGAGGUGCAGCAGAUGAAGGCACAGGCCCGGGAGGAGAAGCACCAGAAGCAGAUGGAACGCGCUCUGCUGGAAAAUGAGAAGAAGAAGCGUGAAAUGGCAGAAAAGGAGAAGGAGAAGAUUGAACGGGAGAAGGAAGAACUGAUGGAGAGGCUGAAGCAGAUUGAGGAACAGACUAAGAAGGCUCAGCAAGAACUGGAAGAGCAGACCCGCAGGGCCCUGGAACUUGAGCAGGAGCGGAAGCGUGCCCAGAAUGAGGCUGAGAAGCUGGCCAAGGAGCGUCAAGAAGCCGAAGAGGCCAAGGAGGCCCUGCUGCAGGCCUCUCAGGACCAGAAGAAAACCCAGGAGCAGCUGGCCUUGGAAAUGGCAGAGCUGACAGCUCGGAUCUCCCAGCUGGAGAUGGCCCGACAGAAGAAGGAGAGCGAGGCUGUGGAGUGGCAGCAGAAGGCCCAGAUGGUACAAGAGGACUUGGAGAAGACCCGUGCCGAGCUGAAGACUGCCAUGAGUACACCUCAUGUGGCGGAACCUGCCGAGAAUGAGCAGGAUGAGCAGGAUGAGAAUGGGGCAGAGGCUAGUGCUGAUCUGCGGGCUGAUGCCAUGGCCAAGGACCGUAGUGAGGAGGAACGUACCACUGAGGCAGAGAAGAAUGAGCGUGUGCAGAAGCACCUGAAGGCCCUCACUUCAGAGCUGGCCAAUGCCCGCGAUGAGUCCAAGAAGACUGCCAAUGAUAUGAUCCAUGCUGAGAACAUGCGGCUGGGCCGAGACAAAUACAAGACCCUACGCCAAAUCCGGCAGGGCAACACCAAGCAGCGCAUUGAUGAGUUUGAGUCCAUGUAGUGGGCACCCAGCUUCUAGAGACCCCUCCUCCCUUCUUCCUUGCCCCCACACUCCUACACCCUUGCCUUACUCACACUGUGCUGGAGCCACUAACUAGAGCAGCCGUGAAGUCAUGCUAAGCAUUCAGUGAAGCCAUGGGACCAAACCUAGCCCCUCAGCCCCCACCCACUUCCCUGGGCAGAAAAAUGGCCCAUUGUGGUGCCAAUGGGACUCCCUUUCCCCUCUCUGUCCCCUUUAGUCUGCUAGGAGAGAUCACUUCCCCAGAUCAGAGGCAUUUCCCGCUUGAUUUGGAAAACACCCCCACACUUACUAUUGUUUUGUGGGAGUCAAGGGUGGGAUAGGUUGAAAGCUAGUCCCCCUUCCCUAACCCAUUACUGCCUUCCUCUUCAGGGUCCUGUGACUCAGGGAGUUGGAGUAUGACACGGUUUAUGGAAGGAGGCAGGGCCCUGGAAAUCUACUCUAGGAUAUCAGCUGACCUAGGAUUUGGCCUCCCAACGUCCAUCCCUUCUAGAGUUAUUUAGGUUUUGUAGUCAUUGGAGGGUAAAGAAAUGUUCAGUCAUUCUUGUUUCUACCUCCCAGAUUGGGUCUGUUACAAACUCAGUUCCAAUAAUCCUUGUCCUUGAGUUCAGGGACUUGGUUUCUCCCAGGGUGGGGUGGGGAAGAUGGUGCCUCUAAGAGGCUUUAUCAACAUCCCAGAAGGCCAUUGGCCUUUCUAUUCAGACAAAGCUGGGUAGAAGAUCCUGCCCCAGUGCCUUAUGAGAGUCUAGGCCUAUGUCAAGUGAGCUCUGUGGGCAGAGGCACCCUUAUUAUCCUGGGUCCCUGGGCUGCUGCUUCUCUUCUUGGGAUAUGUCCUCCCCAGUCCUCCCCAAAUCUCCUCCAGCUAGAAUGAUAGGGACAGGUACCCAAAAGCCCAGCCAGCCCCAUUCAGGGAUUUUUUCCAAAAGAGAGGAAAUGUUCACACCUGGUUUCAGUAUUUUUCCUGCCAAGGGUCCCCCAGAUCACUUUCCCCAUCAAAGCUAUUUGGGCCACAGCUCCUGCUUCAGCACCAUCUAGGCCUUGACUUGGUGAGCCCUGGACCUUGGUACUGGUUGGCUUAAUUGGCAGGUGGGUGAAAGGAAGCUAAGUGUGGUGAGAAAAGCCCUUGGCCUUGAUCCCACAGUUUGCCCAACCCCGUCAGGUACCCAUUAGUCCCUUACCAUCACCCUCUUCCAAGGUAGUGACUGGGCUCUGCCUCCAUUUGACAAACCUUCAACCCGGGUCUUCCUACCAGUUGUGCUGUCUCUUGGAACUGUAAACCAGGAAGCUGCUUAGGCUGUCUGGUCCCUUCCACAUCUCCAUCCCUUGCCCUUAACUCAGGAGCAGCCUCCUUCUCCACUCUGUCUUGUGUGUGCUCUUUUUCUUCCUACCAGUAUUUCAUAUUCCAGUGGUAUCUAGUAUCUAACUCAGUAUUGAUUUCUGCCUAUCUUGCUAAUGUACCAUUAGAAGAUAUUAGUCUUGGGACAGGACUAUAUUGGCCUCAUUCCCUUACUACU